CUGGCCGUGUACUCAUGAUGGCAAGAUUAAUACUGGUGAUGUUCCUUUCGAUAGCUGUGUCAUUAGCAUCUACGAUAUCUAGCAAUGUUAUAAAGAUAUCAAACGGUCAACUUAAAGUCAAUUCUGGAAGUUAUUCUCURCAUCCUUCUGUUAUUGUAAUAGUGAAGUUAUUGAGUAAAACAGGAAUGACUUUAGAAAUUAACAACAAAGGCAGAGUUAGAGGAACACACAAUAUUUGCUCAACAAAAACUGCUGAGAUGGAACUUCUGUCCGUUGGUUCUGGAAUUAAGAUGAUACGUGGUGUGUUUAGUGGACGAUACAUAGCUAUGAACCAAAAUGGCAUCGUGUACUCUACGAAAAAAUCAGGAAAGGAGGCGCUAUUUUAUCAAAGAUCAUCCCUGAUUGAACCGGAUUUCGUAACAUUUGCCUCAAUGAAGUAUUAUAGACGAAGUUUGUUCGAUUCAUUUCUGGCCGUSAGAAGAAAUGGCACAAUGAUUCCUGGGUCCAAGACCAAUGCAGUUCAAAACUCAUCCAAGUUCCGUGUGCUACCAUCGCGUUUGUUACCGUGUCCCAAAUCGGAUUUCAACAAAUUGRUCAUCUAGGAUUGGCAUUGUAACAGAUGAAAGACAAUUAACCCGUUGA